AUGACCACCAUCUCCGUCCAGUAUGGAUACAGAUUCGACCCGACAGAUGAGGAGCUUAUUUCGUAUUUCCUGUGGAAAAGAAUUCGAGGGACGAGGCCUAAACGUGUGGUUGCAGGGAAAGAUAAUGGUGGGUUUUGGAGGGCGAAUGGCGGGGACAAGCCUGUGUUGGAUUCAGAGAAUAAGCAAAUUGGGGUUAAGAGAAUCCUCACUUUUGUGAGCUUCAAGAAUAGAGGUGGUAAUAGGGAAGAGAUAGACAAUAGUUAUUGGAUCAUGCACGAGUACAGCUUUGACUCUCCUACUUUUCAAACCUGGGUUCUUUGUAGAAUCAAGUACAAAGGCAAAGACAAGGGUAGUAAUGUUAGGAAAAGAUAUGUGCAUAAUAUGAAAAUAGUUUUGGAAGGAGAAAACAGUAAGGGGUUUUUGGAGAGAAUGAAUCUGGAAGAGGAGGAGAGGUGGAUGAGGGGAUUGGUGGUGGCUGGAAAAGGGAUUCUGGGGAUGAAUUGCUUAGGAUAG